UACGCAGUCGGCAGUUUGAUUUUGACUGGUUUGACAGAACUGGUACAAACAAAAAUAAUAUGGCGUCUUGUUGCAUUAUAGACUCGGCGUUCCGCAGUGUUUUGCUGUUUUAAUGAACGUUUUACGCGAUCCUUGUGGUUUGUUUUCGUUGUAAAUUAAUCUAAUUUUAUCGUUUAGUUUGUCCGGGUUGGUGUUAUCGUAAUACAAACUCUAGUAUCCCAAUAGUGUCGCGUAAAAGAUCUAACUGUAGAAGGUGAAGUGACGUUCAGUUGUAUUUUUAUUACCAAGGAUUUCCUUGCUCAGCAUAAUAGAAAAUCAUUACAAAACCAUUAGCCUUACAUCCGCCAACAGAAUUACUUUGGCAUGCAUAUAUCAAAUCUAGAACAAUGUGAUAAUGUAAGAGAGGAGGGUCAGGAGCUAGUGAAAAGUUAGGACUACUGGUCACAAUGAGCGCAGGCGCGGCGGCGGUGGCAGGAACCACACUUGCGCAAACUUCUAAUCUGUUGUCAAUUAGAAGGCAGAAAAUUGGUGGUCUCCCUGCGGUUCAUGGAAAAGGGGCUGGGGGAAUGCCUGCUCCUCAUUGUCCUAGGGGAAGGCUGAGUAAUCAUCAGAGGAAUUUAAGUUUGGACUUUAGGUCUAUGGGUAUACUCUUACCCCCAGUGACGCAAGUCACUACAGUGACCAGUUCUCAUAUGACUCUGCAUCACAGGAAUCGGUCUCUGGAUUCUGCUUUACAAAAGAUUCCGGAAGUCGAUGUGACUCCCAGUCCUGAAUGCGAAAACGUUGGGACCGUACUGGUUGACAGCGUCAGGCAUCAUCAGGCUUCCUCAUCAAAACAAAGAGACGAACUCGCCUCUCUUGGAUCCGACGACAGCGGCAUACUAUGUGGCUCCGACACCAGCGAUACCACGCGAGAGUCCAGCGUGGAACACCUGUCAAACGAAAGUCGAGAAAGUCUCGACGAUCUCGACAAACCAGCGAAAAUGUUACCAAAGUGCCAAAUCGAACUGGAUUGUUUGGAGAGGACUAAGGAUGAAGUAGAUUCGUGUACAGUUGUCAUAAGUGUAAAUAGUGACUGUGGUAUGAGUGAAGAAGUGAAAAUGCCGCCGAAAAACUCUGGUAUGCUGAGACUGCUGGAGAGUAAGGUGUUUGAUGUGCCUAUGGCCAUGCAUUAUUUAUUUAACAGCAAGGAACCUGGGGUGCUUUGUUAUAUCGUUAACAAGAUUUUUUCAUUUAACGACAAUGAGAUGGACUUUUAUCUUCCACAGCUUGUCUGUAUGUAUAUAGAAAUGCACGACGUCGCUGAAGUGAUACAUCGAUAUCUUAUACAUAGAUGCAGAAAAUCAAUAGAUUUUUCCCUUAAAUGUGCCUGGCUGUUAGAUGCUUACAGUACAGACGCAACAGUGCCAUCAAAAAAGAAACCCCGUGGGAUAAAACUCCGAAAUUUGAUACUUUCGGACGAGUUGAGACCUAAAAACCAUCACCUUAUCAACGACAAGAUGGUCACCUCAUUCACCGAUAGACUCACGGUAUCUGUACCAUUGAAAAAGACACAUCAACGUUCUCAAAGUGAUGCUUCAGCAUUACUGGGUUCAAUCGAGCUAAACCCUACACCUACGAAAUUAUCUCUUGGAGAUCUUAGUUCAGGACGAGCCUUCGACAAUGGGUGUAUGUGCUUUGAGAGUCGACGAAGCGUUGUAAAUGAUCUCAGGGGAGAAAAGACUGAAUGUAUUUGCCUGGCGCCGAGGCUGAAACCAGAACUGGAAUUCACGCAGGCGCUAAUCCUAAUUGGUAAACUGUUAAGUUCCAUACCUACAAAAGAAGCGAAAACUACAAGGCUGGUAGCGGAACUGACCACAUUAAAUCUCAAUCUUCCCGCCAGAGUAUGGCUUCCACUCAAUUCGGUGUCUCAUCACUUCGUUGUCAGGAUACCGCCCCAAGUGGCCGCCGUUUUAAACUCAAAAGAUAAAGCACCUUAUAUUAUUUAUCUGGAGGUGGUUGAGGUUGACGAUAUCUACAGUUCCCCGGUUCCUAGUAAAAUAAUGAGUUCCCUAAGGCAUACUAAAUCUGAGGAAAAUUUAAAACAUGACACGCUAUCUUUAUCUGCGAUCAGCGUGUGCGGCAGUUGUUACGAUGAUAACGAUCCAGAAUGGAGCCAGGAGGAUGAUGAAAUAUCCGAACAGUAUACGCAAUUGAAGAAAACAGUUGACAGAGACACGAUAUCGCAGAUGAGUCAAGAUUCUAGCGAUUCUGGAUUACCUCCUAUGUCUAUACCUGCCAGUGAGAUCCGCAGAAGGUUAUCUGAUUUCUUCCAUGAAGAAAAGAAUAAGCAGUUUACGCAUGAUCCCGAGGAUCCUUCUGCUGCUGUUUUAAAAGAGCCUUGGCAAGAUAAGGAGACCCGGAUACGAGAAACUUCGCCUUAUGGACAUCUCGCAAAUUGGAAACUUUUGUCUUGUAUUGUUAAAUGUGGCGACGAUUUGAGGCAAGAACUUAUGGCUUUCCAGUUAUUGUCAGUGUUUCAGAAAAUAUGGGAAAUGGAGCAUGUGCCACUGUGGGUCCAUCCAUACAGGAUAUUGGUUUUGUCCGAUGAUAGCGGCUUAAUUGAGCCAAUUUUAAAUACCGUUUCGCUUCAUCAAAUCAAGAAACAUUGCCAACUUUCGUUACUUCAGUAUUUUAAGAAUGAGUACGGACCUGAAACUUCGGAAGCGUUUUUAACUGCUCAAAAGAACUUCGUGCAGAGCUGUGCCGCAUAUUGUUUGAUUUGUUAUUUGAUACAAGUUAAAGAUCGGCAUAAUGGCAAUAUCUUGCUCAAAAGUGACGGUCAUUUGAUCCAUAUCGAUUUCGGGUUUAUUUUAUCAACUUCGCCUAAAAAUUUGGGUUUUGAAAAGUCGCCGUUUAAACUGACUCCUGAGUUUGUGGAGGUUAUGGGAGGUGAACAUUCGGACAUGUUUGAAUACUUUAAAAUCCUGAUUCUUCAGGGUCUUAUCGCGGCCAGGAAGCAUCAGGGGAUGAUCAUCGAUUUGGUGGAGAUUAUGAGAUCUGGCAACCAACUGCCUUGCUUUAAGUCAGGAGCUGCCACAGUACAAAAUCUCCGAAACCGUUUCCAUAUGAGCAUGACCGAAGAGCAACUCCAAUUGGAGGUUAACCGAAUGGUGGAAGGAAGCAUCCAUUCCCUUUCAACGAAACUUUACGACGGGUUUCAGUAUUUUACCAAUGGGAUACUAUAGCUCUGCGAUAACUUUCAAGAGUGCAUAGUGUGAGUGCGAAAACUCUAGGCUAAAUUGACGGAAGAUCUGAAAUGGCGGAUUGAGUUGCGGAUUUGAUAGGAACAUUCCAGGUGAGACAUUGGCAACACUGGGAAGUGAAAACUAACGAAUUAAAAUGCUAAAUUUGUUCUAAUAAAUAAGUGAAAAUCAUGUCAGGUUACUUGAGAUGUUACUGUACAGUUGAUAAAGUUUUUAAAAUAAAAUCAUAAUGGAGUGUGCUAGGUUGGUUUUUUAGUUAUGUAACGCGUAAGGGUGAUAUUAGGAAAAACAUAUUAUACGCGUUUUGGCAUAUUUGUAGCUGUUUAAUACCCAUUCAUCGGUAGUAAAGCAGCUUUAUAUUUUUAAGCAUCAUCGAAUUUUUGUUGUCACUAUUUGUAUUGGAAUCAAAUACUCAUGUAUAGCGCUUUAGUUUUGCAUUAAACCAUAUAUAUUUAAUAAGCAAAUUUCUUUAAGGAAAUGUUUUUAAUUAUUUUGUAGCUUUAGUUAUUGCCCUAUUUUUUUUUGGUAUAUUAAGACCAAAUAAUUAGAAGGUGACUGUUGUAAAUAUUACCCAUUAUUAAUUCUAUUUUAAUUUCAUACUUAAAUAAUGCUCAAAAAAAUAUUACUGUACUGAGUUUCUUGACACGUAUAAUUUUAAGUUGAACCAAAUACAUAAUUAUGAAUAAUGUAACAGUAGUACGAGGUAAGAAUGAAAUGAAAUGCAUAUCAGUUUAAAUAAAAUGUAAGGUCAAUUAAAAGGUAUUUAAAGAAUUCGAUUUGUAAUUUUUCCCGUUUUUAAGGAUUUGCAACGUAUUUCAUUUUAACCUCGAAUACAUAAGAAGGUCUCUAAUUGUUUCGAGAUGAUGUAUUUCAUCUGCUAGUAGUACAAGCGCGAUGUCCUAAAAAGUGCUUAAUAAAAAUCGAUUCAAAAUUGUCCUACAAUAAGCAAUUUUUAGAUAUUGCCCCUGUAAACUAUACAUGAGCUCUAUAGUGUAUCCCAGAUUGAUUUAAUCGUGUGAAAACCACUUCAAUUUUAAGUUUGGCAACAAUUGUCACUAUAUAGGAUGUUAAUUAAGUAUGUGGCAUAUCAUAGGUGUUAUCCCUUACCGAAAUUUAAGGCAAAAAGGUUCAAUGAAUCAAAUGGUCGUAAUAUGGCUAUUGUUUUCAAUCAUGUCUAGUUAAACAAUUUUUUUGAAAAUAACUAGAAGACAUAAUUAGUCAGUAUGGAAGUUUUGUUUUAUUUUUCGACUUUCUCAAAUUAUAUUUGCUAUAGUAAUAGAUGACUUUCAUGUUUAUGUUUUUUUCAUGUUAGUUAACAAGCCGUUAAAAGAAGCAAAAGAGGCUGUCUCCACAUAAAUUUUUUAUUUACAGUGAAAGCUCUAUAAUAACAGGACAGUUUGUUACAUACACGACAAUUGAUAUACGAGCCCUGUCUCAGUGAAGUUGGCCCAACUAUCAAAGCUAGGAUUUUUUAUGAAAUUUGACAUAUUAGCGAAAAUGUAUUAAAAACUAAAAGGUAUUUCUGAUAACAUAUGAUCUUUUUAUUUAAUAUUAGCUUAAAAUACUACAUGUUUUAUAACUGAGGAAAAAUAUAUUACAAAAAUUCAAAAAAUCUGUCGAUUAAUAAAAAUCAACAAAACCAAAUAGCAGCAAAUUACCACUGCGUUACAUUGCCUUUUCGACUGAUUACUGCUUUGAUACGUCUUAACAUAGUGUCAACUAAUGUUUGACAGUCAUCUGGUGUAAAACUGUUCCAAAUUUCUUGGAGACGGGUUCGCAAUUCUGGAACAGAUCUUGCGGGAUUCGAUCUGAGCUUCUUCUUCAUGAUAUGCCACAAGGUUUCAAUCGGCGAUAGAUCUGGACUACUCGAUGUCCACUUUAAAACUGGAAUUAUGUUUUCUAACAUCCAAUCUUUUACUUUUUUAGCCGUAUGGCAAGCGGCACCAUCUUGUUGGAAGAUACAUUCGAUAUUGUUUAAACGCAUUUGUUCAAUUUGGGGUAUUAGGUUAUUUUCAAGCACGUUAAUGUACUUAUCAGCAUUCAUAAUACCUUCCACAAAUUGUAAGUUUCCCACUCCACUUGCUGAAAUCGAUCCCCUGAUCAUAACAGAAGCCGGAAACUUUUUUUUUAAGACAGUCAUUCUGAAACACUUCUUCUUUAGUUCUUAUGACACGACUUCUACUAUCACCAACGGAUACUUCAAAUCUGGCUUCAUCACUCCAAAUAAUCGAGUUCCAUUGGUUCGAAGACCAUGAUUUGUGUUCUUUAGCCCACGCUAGCCUGUUUUUCUUCUGAAUUUUUGUCAGUAGGGGUUUCUCUUCUGCUUCUGGGUUUUUGAGCAACAGAUCCCGUUGUUUUGUACAAUUUAAUAAUAUUUCGAACUGUAUACCUCGAUUUGUUAAUACUGUCAGCGAUUUGGGAAGCAUUUUUACCUUUUAAAUGCAAGUGAAUGAUCACUUUUCUUAUUUCGUCAGAGACAGCCUUACCACGAGCCAUUUUUAAUUGUUAACAACAACACUAAUGCAUUGAAAGUUGAUUUAAACGUCAAAAUCGGCUUCUUAGCAACGCAAAAUAUUGUUGCAACGCAAUUUGUUUUAUACAGCCUACUUUUAUUUUAUCGAAGCGCAUAAACAGACCAUUCAACUAAGUUAUUUCCAUCACGUAUUUUGCGAUAGAAAAAUCAUUUUGCAAAGAAAAAAAUAUCGAAAUUAAAACGCUUUAAAAAUAGCUGCGUCGGUUUUGUUAUCUUUUCAUUAACAUUUCAAGAAACCAAAAAUAUUAUAUUUGAAAUAAAAUUUUAGUUAUCCCUUAAAUAAAUUCUAAAAAAUCAUGUUUUGGGGCGUUGGGCCAACUUCACUGAGACAGUUUUUUGAACAUAUUUAGCUUUUUUGUUUUAAUAAAAUGCACUACUGAGGGUUAAGAUGUUUUUCGUUUAAUUUUAAUAUAUUAAUGGUUUUUUAAAUUUACCAAACUAACAUGCUGAUUUGGGAUAUAAUUCUUGAAAAAUAUGUUUUAAAAUCAUUUCACAAUGAUAAAACUUCGAUUGUUGGAUCUCCAUACAACAAUAACUGUCGGUUUAUUAGAACUUCGCGUCCAUGUAUUGAAGAUUUUCUUCUGUUUAUUGAAGUUUUGUAUUCGGCUAUUGGAUAUGUUUUAUGAAAUAUCCUGUCCACGUCUGUUUAUAGCAUAGUCCACUUAUACGAAUAUAAUGUAUAUUUUUAAUCGUAUUCAAAAUAACGUUUUCAUAAAAUUUGUCCGCUUAUCGGAUAUGUCGGUUAAUUGAAGCUGUCCGUUAUGGGAGCUUUCUUUGUAUACAUAUUUUUUAAAUAUUAACAAACUAAUAUUACUUUUUGUUAUUUUACUACUUCCCAUGUCACGAUCGAAAAUUUCUUUUAUAGUAAAAGAACCAGACGUGUAACAUCCUUCUUUUCUCCACUGCUAUAAAAAAAAAAUUUAUAUACCUGACCUGGCAUCCUUGAAAAUAAUAAACACUAUAGGUCGCGACAAAGGCAAAAAUAUUACAGCCUUGAAUAUCCAGGAUCGGGGUACUUGCAACGAUAAACAUUCACUCUGCAAUUUUUUGUACCAUAAUUAAAUCGCUAUAGGAGACUAGUCUCAUUUGUGUUUCGUUAGCGUUUCGAUCAAAAUACACUAUUUUAUUCGGGAAUUUCAUUUUCUCCAUAUUGUAGGAGUAACGUUAAAUGUCCUUUAAUUUGUGGUUCUUCCUUUUGUGUUGUUUUUUUACGUAAUUUAUAUGCCAACCGUAUAAAUUUUUGAGCCGCAAACUGACUAAGUUUGCAUUUUAAGUAAAAUCUGUAUUGUGGCGAAUUCAUAAUGAGUUACAUACUUAUUUUAUUGGGUAUUACGUCACUUAUUGCAUUUUGUCGUUUAAUUAAAUUUUAUGAUGUUUUUAAAUUCUCAAACUUUGAAUCCUUCCAGUCGAAAAUAAUUUGUUUUCUAAAAAACAAUAACAGAUCUUAAUUAAAUGAGCAAUUCUUACAGUUUUUACAUACCCUGCUACCAUCACAUAUAAUAUUGCUCCAGUAAGGCACCAAACUUGCAUGUGCUGGCUUUAUUUUUUAUGCGUUCCAACCGCUUACGCAAAGGUUCCUCCUUAUUUUGCCUUAACAUAUAGAAUUCUAUUCUUUCCUUAAAAACAGAACCUUUUCGAAUAUUUUUCAGGGAAAAUGGUGCAUAGGGCUACAAAGGUCUUCUAAGUAUACUAUAGGCAUCCUUAAUCACUAAGGUUGAAAGCGUAGACACUUUUUUAUCUUCAGAAAUAUUCACGUGCAAAAUAUUUUGGUUUAAGGAAAGUAUGUAAAACCCGACGACGGUGUAUAUGUUGCGAUUGAUAACAUGCCCCGAAAUUUAUUUGGUACAGCCGAUAGAUAAUCAUAUUCCUGGAAUAUUACUUAUUACUUAUUAUUGGUAUAUUCGUGUGAUAGUCCAGUAAUAUAUGGCUGGCAUAUUUCAUGGAUCUAUUGAAACCAACUGUUAUGCAAGUCUUCUAUUUAUUAAUAAUUUACCUAUGUCCUGUAUAACAUAAGACAGUAGAACUUGUUCACAAAACCUUUUUGUCUUAAAAUUACAUAAAAAUAACCCAUGCAAUUAAUUAACAGCCAAUAUAAUUAAAUUUGAAGGUAUGAAAUAUAAAUUAGCAAUUAAUUUAAAACGUUAAUAAAUUUUUCACUCACAAAAUGUUUGCCAUAAUUUAAAAGUACCAAGGCGCGAUCACCAACCAACAACAUUUAAUGCUUAACUUGAAUACUUUAAACACUAAGUAGAAUCUGGCCAAAUUAGUUGGGGGACCUAUGACUUACAAUUAUUUUUAUAAAAAAAGUAAUAAUUUAAGAAAUUAUAUAAUUUUAAAGUAUUGUAUUAUGUGAGAAUGCUUAAUGCUUGAUAAAAUGAAAAUACUGGAAUGCUUGCGUCAAUAUUCGCUGAAAGUCUUUUGUAUUUAAAUCUGUAUACAAAGUGUGCCAAUUACGAUUUGGCUCGCAUAACAACAAGUAUUUCUAAAAUUAUUAAAUUUAUUACUAUAGAAAGUCUAUGUAAAUAAAGAUAUUUAAAAUUCCUUGUAUCUAGGAUUACUAAAUGUGUCCAUCCAUUUUAAAGUAAUAAAAAUAAAUUAAAUCGACUGAAGUAAGUCUUCUUAUUAGGUAACGAAAAAGUAUAGAUAAAUAAUUAAUUUUCAUAAUAAUUGUUCCAGCUGCAAUCUCAUUUGCUUAGAAUCAUUUUUGUAAUCGUUAUAUUAAUUUUAUGAGAUUUUUAACUGAAAUAAAAUUAUCUAGUUUUUAUGUUGGAUGUGGUGCAUAUGAGAAUUAUAUAUUUUUAAUAAAUAAACUGCUACCCACCCUUGCGUCUUCGGUUUUACUGAAGUAGUCCUUACUAAACAGCAAAGUAUGUAUAUUAUUUGCUCUCUAAAUAUAACAAACAAAUAUGUAGUAAAGUGGGUAAAAUACUGUAAAAAGGAGUUAGGUAAUAAUGGGAAAUUAAAAGCUCACAUUCUAUCUAAUAUACUUAUAAUGUACAAAAUGCUACUACAAUUGAGCUUUGGUAAAUAAAAACAGGUAAUGUAUGGUAAGUGAGGAGAUUUAUCAGAUUUAAUUAAAUAAUAUUAAUAUUAAAGUUAAAAAAAAAUAAAUUUAUUAUUCUCGAGUUGUUUUCGUUACUUAAAUAAAUGACUUAAAAAAUGAUUUAUGCAAAAAGACUGAUGUGUCACUGUAGGCUUUUUGCAAGUUAGAAAAAUGUUUGGUUAUAUAUAUCGUUUUACGACAUAAAUCAAAAUUCGUUAUACAUACAUAAAUGAUUUUUCAUUAAUAUAGACAAUGUAGUAGUAAUAUUGAUGUGUUUUAAGCAGAUUUUUUAUUCAAUUAUGUAUUUAACAAUAAAUUAUAUGAUUUUA